GUUGCCUGUUUGUAAUUCACGUGAUACCACCACUAAAUGAUUAUACGGUACUUGCGGAUCGGGGGUAUUUUUAGCUUCUUCAGCACGUAUUUAACCCUAGCAGUGUGUCUCUGCUUUAGCGAGGCGCUACAUUAAGCCAUAGGCCAGCAAAAUGCCACCACCUCCAGUAUAUUUUUUAAAGAUGCGGACUCAUUCUCCUAUCAUUCGAUCAUUUCUGGCUGAAUUCAUUGCUACAUUUAUACUAGUGUCAUUUGGAUGUGGCUCCAUAGCUCAGAUGCUUCUCAGUAAUGAGACCAAGGGAACAUUUUUCUCCGUUAACUUCAGCUGGGGGAUUGGAGUUACACUUGGUUGUUACUGGGCAGGAGGUAUUUCAGGUGCACACAUGAAUCCAGCUGUCACAUUGGCAUUUGCUGUUGCCAGGAGGUUACCAUGGAGAUUUGUGCUUGUCUAUUGCCUUGCUCAGUUGCUAGGUGCUUUUGCAGCCUCUGCCUGUGUGUAUGGGGUAUAUCAUGAUGCAUUGAAUCAUUUUGACAAUGGCAUACGUCAUGUUACUGGCGAGAAAGCCACGGCUAGUGUCUGGGCCACUUAUCCACAGCCUUGGCUCUCUACCCAGGGAGCCUUUGGAGAUCAGGUAUUUGGUACCAUGCUCCUGACUGGAUGUAUCUUUGCCAUUCUGGACAAACACAACAACGCCCCUGACAAGGGCACUGCACCCAUCCUUAUUGGGCUCACUGUGUUUUGUAUCGGGACUGCAUUUGGCUUUAACUGUGGCUAUGCUAUCAACCCUGCAAGAGACCUAGGGCCCAGGCUUUUUACGGCCAUGGCAGGUUGGGGUGGAGAGGUGUUCACUGUGUAUCACAGCUUCGCCUGGGUACCUGUGGUCGCAUGUCUUGUCGGUGGUGUAGCUGGUGCUCUUAUCUACAUGCUCUUUGUUGAGAUACAUCACCCUGGGGAUGGCCAUAUGGGAGAGUCAGUGGCCAUCAAUACCAAAGAAAGGGGCUACAAGAGUAUUGCAGGUCAGGAAUGAAGGCAACAUAUAUUAGAGGCCGCACAGAGAGAGGUAGGAUAUAACAGAUUUUAGCACUUUAGGGUAGGGUAGGGUAUAGCACAGUAGGGUAUCACAGUAGGUUAGGGUCCCGUUAGGGUAUGGUAGGGGUGGUUAGUUAAGGACCGAUAAAUCCUACUCAGGUGAGGGAUAAAAGGUCUAUAGAAUUAUAAAAAUGUAUAUGCUCUUUUUAAGAAUAUAUAUUCAACCGUUGCUUGUUAUACUGUAGCUUGAUAUUUGGGCCUGAAAAAGAGUUACGCGUUAGUCGCUGUCUGAUGCAUACAUACAUACACCUUUUUCCAAUAAGGUUGCUCUCAGAGAAUAUGUGUAUCGUAACCCGCAGUGCUUUAUGGGUAUCAAGUAAAAAAGUAAAUAAGCGUAAAUAAAAUACAAAUUCAGGUUUCGAAAGCUGUAGAAUUCUUGUUCAUGUUCUUAUGAACAUUCACAUGGCUUUCAGAUACAAGAUUUAGCCGUUGAUACGCUACCCAUGAACCACCGCGGGUUACGACACAUGGGUUUAUAAGUGCAACCUUAUUUGAAAUAAUGUAUGAAUCAACAUUAUUGGAAAAAGGUGUAUACUGUGUAUAAGGUAAGAGCUAGGACUUUUUACAUCAAAGGCAGAUAAAACAUCUGAUUUCUGUGCUGGAUUUGCGAAAUUGACAACACCCCAGAUUUUUUUCAAUAGACCAAAACAAAUACCAAUUAUUUAUCUUUUAUAAUAAUAGGGAAGUGUCCCUGAUAAUAAGAUCAAACAAAACGUCGCAAAAUGCGGAAAUUUUAUUCAUAAUCACACGAUCUCGUUUACAGUGUAUCAAAAGUCUGACUAGAUAAGGAGCUAACCUCCGUGGUUGAAAACUUGAAUCUACAAGAUUAUUUUCUAAACAGAUUUCCAUGUAAUCAAAAAACUAAUUGCACCUUUUUAUACCAUUCAAUAAAUCAUCAAACUAAUAAAUCAUUCAUGAAUAAAA